UUUUUAUAAAUAAAUAAAAUAUUUAAUUAAUUAGUGAAUAAGAGCUAGCCGGCUGUCUCAAUUAAAUUUGGAUGCAUAGUUGUAGUUUAACGAUAUCACAAUGAAGAUUACAGAUCUGAACACAGACUGUCUUCUGGUGAUUUUCAAGUAUUGUUCUGAGAGCGAGUUGAUGUGCCUGGCCAAGGCUAACCAGCACCUGGGCAGGAUUAUAGAUGCUCACAUAUUUUACCCACUCACGAGGGACUUACUGCUGUGCGGCCAUAGAAACGAACCAUGUGUUGAGAAAAGAAACAAAACGCAUCUUACUCAUCAAGAGAGACUUCAAGUGUCGAGAAAUUGGCUGAGCGGCACCUACAGAGAACGUCCCUACUACCACCACGCGCAUCUCUUCCCCACGAAGUUGUUUCUCGAAAGGGACGCCUUGUACGUCACGCAUGACAGUUAUUUACGCAAAUACAGGCGACCGGCUACGGAGGCCCUGCCGCGUUGGUUUGAUGAAGAAAUCACCACUGCCACAAGGAGCGACAUAUCGGAUUUUGUAAAGAAACAAGAUACGCUCUUUGCGGGUCGCAUCAGUGGCGCAUGCUUUCUGUGCGAUGAGAAUGGAAUCACAGAACAACAAAUGCAUCAGCCCAACGAGUACCUAUACAGCGUCGACUUCGUAAACGAUGUGUUUGUCACCAGCACUGAUGCUUGCUGUAAGGUGUGGCAGCGUUCCCAAGAGUUUGGACUCACGCACUUUGAUCAGGCCAUGAAACUGGAUCAUUCAUUCAAGUCUCUGAAGUUGAGUGCCGAUGGGGAAUGGCUCUACGGGGGUCUGUACACAGACAAGGGUCGGCGGGCAUUGCGAGCCAUUCACGUGGAGAGUGGCGAGGAGGUGGUCUACAAUUCAAACACCAUUUCCAUAUAUGAUCUGAAGAUAAAGGAUGAGCACGUUCUCUUCACGGCCAAUUUCGAUACGACAUUCAGAAUGUUUGAUCGCCGCAUCGAUCGUGAUGUCGCCAUUUGGGAGGAUCCGUUCGACUCUUCAUUUUACUGUCUCGAGUACGAUGGCCUGUACGCCGUGCUCUGCGGCACCAACCGACACGCCCGCGUCAAUCUCUACGACAUUCGAAUGCCCAAAUAUGUGCAGUUAUUCUUUCCCGGACGAACGCGACAACAGAGCUGCCAGUCGCCCGUCUACAGUCUAGCCUGUGAUAGCCAAUAUUUGUUUGUGGCCACGGACCACAAUCUGCGUGUGUUCGACUUCAAAGCCAACUGCGGUGUACGCAGGGACUAUAGUCGCAUCUAUGACUUCAAUCGCUAACAAAGAUUUGUUUUUAAAUUAGUUGAACUCAUAUUUAGAACUUGCCAAUGGCCAACAACUGUAGAGCAGAAUCGAAAGAGUGAAAAGUGCUAAAUGUAAAAUUGAUAGUAGAUUAUAUACAGACAUCACCACAGAUAUAUAUUAUUAUUAAACGGACCUGUUUGACCAUUUAUGUAUA